AACUACUCAGACAUAAUUUCUCUCUCAUCCUCAUCUAUCUUUCUAACUGGUUUUUAUUUUUACGCACUACUAUUCUCCUUCCAUUUCCUAUUUCCCAUCGGAAAACCCUAGUUUCAACUUGUAGCAUCCUCCAUUCCAAGUAUGUUGAUGGAUAGAGAUCAGGAGGUAUUUCAUCACCUUAUUCGAUUCUCGUUAAUUACUUGAAACUAUCGCUUAAGUAUUUCGACUGUUUCAUCCGCACCAAGGAUUGUUUUGCUCACAUGCUGUUAGCUCAAUUGGAUUUCAAAUAAAUCAAGCCCUUCCUUUUCCUGACUGCCUUGAAUUGCUUUGUUUCAUCGGUUACUUUGAUCUUUGCAAGGUCCAUAUACCAAAACGCAUGUUGUCUUCACGUUGCUCUUUAUUGUCACUGUUGAUCGCAGGACUUUUGUUUUAGAUUGUUGAUAGUGUAAUGCAGAGAUAAUGGAAGCUAAUGGUUGUGAUGAUAAUAACUUGGAUACCGAUGUGCUUCUGCCGCCAAGGAAGAGACUUCUAGCCGGAUUGAAGAAACAGAACUGUGAUAUCAAUCUACACUCCCCAUCCUCAUCAUAUGACAUGGGCAAUAAUGUUACUGGUAUUGAAUUUGUCACCCGUCUAAAUAAAUUGUUGAGAUCUCAUUUGAGUAACAACAGUCUCUCAAAUGAAGAGAUCAUUGAGGCCUCAAGAGUUGAUGCCGCUGAAGCAGCUAAGGCUGCAAGAAAUGCCAAAGCUUUUGCUGAAGAGAAAGCUGCAAAGGCAGCAAAAGCAAUAAUGGCCGCUAAGGCUGCUUUAGAAUUAGUCUCCAAUAGUGAUGAAGAAGCCGCUAGUAGAAAUAGUCAGUCAAAGAAGAACAAGAUGAAGAAGCAUGUUGCAGUUCAUACAUUGUACAAUAAGAAUAAAGCGGCUGGAAGUUGUAUGUCGGAUGAAGAACUGGCUAAGAAGUUGCAUAGGGCCAUAAACAGUUCCUCCAGAACUCGCAAGCAACACAAGAGGCUCAAAACUUUGCCACUCUGUGAAACAUCUAAGGUUUCUUCUACUUCUAUUGAAAGAAUAAUUCAAGCUGAUAGAUCAAAGAUGGAAAAUGGAGAAGGGUUACAAGUUAGUAAGUCGAACUUCAUUGUGGUGGAAAGUGGGAAAGAAGUGGCAAAUGACUUAAAGAAAGUAGAUGAAGAAUAUGUGCACAAUUUUGGUAGUGUUGGGAAAAAGAAAGGAAGGUUUAAACAGAAAAAGUUACCCCUUAGCAUUUGUAAUUUUAGAGAUCAAGCAAGCCCCCAAGAAAAAGUGAAAUCUAAAACUUCAUGUCCAAUUAGAGAGAAUGUGAUCAUGGCCACUUCUACAGCGACUAACAAUAAAUCCUUAUUUCCUGUUGAGAGAACGCCGACGUGGAAAUGCCAAGCAUUCAAGGAACCUACUACUUGCCUCAACCAAAAUAAUCCCAUGCACUCAUAGUAUUUAGGUUUCUAUUUCAAGAGGACCGCCUACCAAGGUGUAGUUUGAUGUCAGAGGUAAGCUCAUUUACUAAUGCAUCUUUUUUGGUGCUUGCUUACUUGGAAGUUGUACAUUUUAAGUUCGUCCGCCUCUUUACCUGGUACAGAGAAAAGCAAAAAUACUAGUUGAAUAAAUAAUCAAAUGAGCUUUUGUUGUAAUAAAUGUUUGGCAGGGCUCUAAUUAGCGUGUGUGGAUUGCUAUUGUUGGGAACUUCUUGUCUUUGCCCGAGGACGUUCCAAGUCAUGGUCAGCAGUUUCUGAAGUGUAAUUUUGGUCACCAUCUACACCAGCAGUAGUUUUUAUAAUGUAUAAGAGACAAUUGGCAUUAGUUUUUAUAAUGUAUAAGAGACAAUUGGCAUUUGUGGCUGUUUAUAUAUUUGAUAUAGCUCUGUAAAGAAUCAUUAUAUCAUUUUUUCUGACCACCUUGUUUAGUUAUGUUAUACUGAUGAUAUUUUCGUGAAACACUUGAGAACUUGAGGCUACUUGCUCCUAUGGAUUCGGAUUUUUUUUUCACAUUUUGUAUUUCAUUUCCUUGUUUGUGUGUCUAAUAUCUC